CGCGUUGUGAUGUUUUUAUCCCGAGUUGUCAUUAGUGGUCACCUGCCUCCACCUGUUGAGUGUCCCGAUAACAUUUAAUUGGGGAAAAAACAACACAGGAGUCCAAGAUGUCGUCACCGCAACCUUUCGCUACAAAUAACGCAGCAGAUGACCAGUUCGACUUCCUUUUCAAAAUUGUGGUGAUAGGUGACUGUGGUGUUGGGAAGACGUGUGUUGUUCAGAGAUUCAAGUCUGGCAUGUAUAUUGAGCGCCACGGUAAUACAAUUGGUGUCGACUUCUCCAUGAAAACCCUCACUAUUGAUGCCAAGAAAGUAAAGCUCCAGAUAUGGGACACUGCCGGGCAAGAACGCUUCCGCACCAUAACCCAGAGUUACUACCGAUCUGCCAAUGGUGUCAUCAUCGUGUAUGAUAUCACCAAGCGAUCAUCCUUCUUGAGUAUUCAAAGAUGGAUGGAUGAAGUGCGUAGAUACACACACCCUCAAGUGGCAAUAGUCCUAAUUGGAAAUAAAUGUGAUAUGGAAACCCUACGUGAAGUUGAAUUUGAAGAGGCUGAGGCUAUGUGUGAGACUGUGCCGGAGAUAAUGACAGUGAUGGAAGUCUCGGCCAAGGACAACACUAAUGUGGAUGAUACUUUCUUCCAUCUUGCCUCAGAACUCAAGAAUCGACAUGACUCGUUACGUGACCUGAUUCGACCUUACCUCAUCAACCUUGGGAACACCGAGUCUCUGAAGCGGUGGCCUCGUUGUUCACUUCCUGCUCACAAUGACGCAUCAGCUCGACUCCUGUUGGCUGUUGAUGAAUGAAAAUGUAACAGAUCCCUGUCUAAGCUGGACUUCCUGUGACUUAUGGAAAUUGUAACCUUCCACAUUCCCAUGUUAUGAAAUUUUUCUCAAUCAUCUUUAUAGAAUUCCUUGGAUUAUUCUACAAGGUUUACAAGCUAAGUGAAGUGUAUGAGGUUGUGUCAGAAAUAUAACCCCAGUGUUUUGUUUAUGUCCCCACUAUAUAUACAGUACAAGCGAGUACGGUACAGUAUAAUGAUUUGCAUCUUGUCAUGCCUUCCAUACAUACUUCCGUCCCACCCAAGUUAUCACAAAAAGAGAGAGGAAAAUCUGGUAUGUGUGAAGUUGUGAAAUAUUGAAGAAAUUUAUAUGUUUGUAGUACAUGGAUUACCAUAUAAGAUUUUGUAAUUAUCUCAACCAAUUUUCAAGAAUAUUUUUUGUUUUAAGCUAGUCUGAAGUUUUAAACUAAAUGAUUACUAUAUUUUAGAAAGUGUAAUAAACAGGGCCUUAAAAUUCAGUAGAAAUAAAGUCUGAUCACAUCAUUUUAGGUUCAUGUUUAUUGCAUUUCCUAAAAUAUAGUACAGUAAUCAUUUUAGGUUUUUGAAUAAAUAAUGACCCUGUACAAUGACUGUCCAGAGCAUUGAGUUCAUUACAGUACAAUGAAUGGUUUGAGGAGUAACGCUAAUCUAGGUUGUACAUAAGUCUCAUUAGGCUUGUCAAUAGGGAAGCUGUCUGGUUGUGAUUGACAGCUGCUUCUUUUAGUAUCUUUUAAGUUUAACAGGAUUUUGGCUAAAUGUAUACAGUAUACUGUACGUAGUUUGCAAUGAAUGCUUUACAAGGUUUGGGGUUAUGUUCCAUUUUAUGAAGAAAUUAUCAUGAUGUAUUCUUACAAGGUUGCGUGCAGGUAUCUUCCAGCUGUACAGGUACUGUACUUAAUUUUCAUUUUUUGUGUCUUUCCCCAGUUUAGUUGUACAUGUUGAGUUGAAUCUUCACACAGUACAGUAGUUUUUUUUUUACUUUGAUCCAAGUA